CGGAAGAGCACUCCCAAACUUGUACAUGAUGCAGGCGGACAAGGAGGAGACUGCGGCGGCGACGGCCCCCGCGGCCGGCAAGCCGCCGAGCAUCUGCGACAGGCUCCAGAGGGCCUUCCAUGCCCGGCCGGCGUUCCGGCCCCUCCGCCGCCUCACAGUCCGCCACCAGGACGGCGGAGCUGCUAAGCCCGCCGACGCCGGUGCUGGCGCCGGCGCUGCGCAUGGGCCUGCCCCUAAGCACAAGCACAGCGGCCCGCCAGUGCCGGCCCCACCGCAGCCACUCACGCCGUCGCCGGCUCCUGUACGCUUGCCGGCCGUCGCCAAGAAGGCGGCGGUGGCCAGCGCGCCACCGGGGCCGCCGGUGCCCGCGCCACCGCCGGACGUCACGGACGGAAUGGUGACCGCGGCGGAUGCGAAGGCUGGGGACAAGGCUCAGCAGACCAAGGCGAAGACCAGCUGGGUGGGCUCCACCAGAGUCCGCAAGGCGCUAUCGUCCAAGUAGGGACCUGAACAACGUCCGAGUCCCGCCUUUGCUGCUAACUGCUAAGCUUCCGGACGCUCGCAUCGCAGUUCUUGUACGCAAGGGUUCAAUUUGCUGAUGGAUGUGCUUUAGUCGCGCUCUCUCCCUUGUUGAGCCCCUUUGUGAAUGUGAGCGUGAGCACGUUGAUAUGGAUCCCAUGUGGGAUAUGGUUGGACUAAGCCAACAAUUUCUCCCUAGCCUUGUUUGAUUGAUCUAUGAAUAUAUAAUGUAUAUGGUGCGAAAUCAUAAUCAUGAGUAACAUACUUUUGCA